AUGGGCCGACAGGCAUAUUUGAACCGGCUAGCUUUGGGCCGGUCGCCUUAUGAGCCACCAGAGACUGCUGCCGUUGACCCGUCCAGUCCCGUGCGGAGAGUCUCACAUAUCCAUGCCGACAGCUAUAUGCAGCAAUAUGACUCUCGUGGACAUCCAGUGAAUCCAGAAUCUAAAAGCCUCGGACGUGCACUCAGAAAAGCUAAAAAUGACAUUCUCUCUACAAUGGGAAUCGUCGUCAGUGGCGAGGACCGCAGCGCCAGCUCUCCCAAUGAACAGCAACGAAUCAAUCAGAUAACGGCCGAGAAUGACUUUGGCCUGGUGAUUACCACUGCUGAUCAACUUUUUGUUUUCUUUGGGUCCUGGUGGACUUCGUCUCUCACAGGAAGGAUACAGACGUUCAGACAUUACACACAUGCUGCACUGCUUGAUGUCAUACGAUCUGAACGAGGAACAACUGGGAUUCUAGGGUUCUAUUUCGCUGGAAUCCCCGCAUGGGCGGUGUCGAGUGGAUUGGCCAUUGCUCGCGACAAUCCCUGGAAGCGCACAUGGACUGCGAUCAGGGACUACGUUGUGAGCAUCACAGGGAAUGGCAGUCUCUCGCUGGCUGUUCGUGCGGUAUCUAUAAUUACAUACUUCAUUGCUAGAAGCUCACUUCUAGUUUUAUCCGUUGAGGCCUACAUGUACUCAAUUCUCCAAACACUUUCCAUUAUCCCACCGAAAUCCAUACCAAGCCUUCGACUACUCAUUCCUUUUGGAGAGGAGUCUCUUAUAAGGCUUCCAGACCUCCCAACGGACCUCUCUGCCCCUGCUAUUGCCAGCUUCCUUUUGCGCUUGCUAGCUUCACCGGGGGCGCUAGAAGAACGUAUCUACCGUUUGAUCCGUCGCCAGGUACCAAAGCCGGUGCUUGCGGAUGAGCUGUCAAUCAGGGUUGCCUUCGAAGAGAAUCUGGUUGAAUGGGUGGUGCCAACCUUAGGACGGCGCGCAGACGAAGAGGCUCGCCGUGCUAAACUCACGUUAUUCCAAGAUAUGCAAUGUGAGCUUGUUGCUUUCCGAGAAUGGGUGUUCUCAUUAUUUGGGCUGUUCUCUAGCAAUGCGUCUAGUCAGCAAGCUAUGGAAGCUUCCAGCCAGGAGAGGAUAGAGAACCUCAGAAAUUCGAUCGAAUCACUUCGGCACGAGCUCGAGGAGGUACAGCUUCGAAAUGACCACACAGAGGAUGGGCUCGUAGCUCCCUUUACUGAGACCCCCCCGGGCCUAUGCCGCGUCGAAACACCAUUGAUCUUGGGCAAGCAGGACUUGCGACUCUUCCUGAGGGGGCAACGCACCAUCGCAAUCGACCGUUUCGAACACUCAAAGCCUGCCAAGCAACUCACAACAAGCCGAAGUCACAUCCAGAGGUCGACGAAAUUCUCGUUCAAAUACUUUAUUUUCGCGUCCAUCAUCCCCGGAGACCUCGCCCCCGACCUCGCCCCGGAAUUGCUCGGCAACCGAACUCGAAGUGCGCGUAACCCUGCUUCCGUCUCAAGUUCACAUAUUCCGAGAUUGGGGGCCAACAAUGCUGGUCUGCACCGCUCAUCUACUGUUGAUCGUCGGUCAAUUGCCGACUUUCUGGAGGCUUUGAUUCUCAGUCAGGCUCAGCAACAAGCGGCACAAUCGCCAACUUUGGGUUUUCAAGAUGACCCUUCGAACAUCGCCGCAGAACCGAGACUUGCAACUGGACAUGAUGCGCACUUGAUUGAGAAUGAACUUCCAAAUAGCGUGGAGGACGGUGAAACGAUAAACCGAGAACUAAUUGGUCAUGCCACGGGCGAAAUCUCGCAAUCUGUCGUUCAAAACAUCCUCCCAGAUGGCGUCGAAGAGCCAAGUCACGUUGAUGCUCAUCCCUUACCACCUUCAGCAGCUAUAGCAGCUACACAAGAUCUCUCAUCCGAGGUGAUAGAGCAAUCUGACGCACCUACCUCUCAAAUCCCAGCACCCUCUGCGUAUCCGUCGUCCAAUGCGCACCGAGUGACUCUGCUCUCUGCUCACCCUGUGGAUUCACUUGCAUCGCACCUCGCUGCGAUUCUGAGCAAUCUCAUUCUUGCCCCACUCGAAUCAUUGUGCCACCGUUCGCUGGCGUACUCCUAUCUCGCCACACACGCCUCCUCCACAGCUCAGUUGUCAGACCUCCAUCCCCUGAAUCUAUGGUUCGGUGGGGUCUCUUGGCGGACAUCGGUGCUUAUACUGGUAGACUUAUACUCAUGA